AUGCAAGUUACCAAAUACAGCGCCACUCUGGCUCUCUUCAUGGCUCCUGCUGCGCUCACCCUGUCGCUCGAUGGAUGGUGUAGCCCUAAAUACCAGAAGGCGUUCACUGUAUGCGAUGAUUCAAAUACCAACAUUAUGUACUGCUACGGCAAAUGGCGGCGAUGGGUCUUGGCAUACACCUGCCCUGAAGGCAAAUGCGCCCAAACCUCUACGCGCAACGGUGGCCAGUAUGCUUACUGCGAAAGAUUUUAA